AUGAGUGAGGAUAUAUUAAGUAAAAGCAAUAUGGGUGAAUAUGGAGAAGACAUUGAUCAACAACUCUAUGAAAGAUGUGAGCAAUUUUGCUAAAAAUUGAGACGAACAAAUUAAUAACUUUAUAAACAAUUUUCGAAUAUUGUCAAUUAAAAUACGAAAGCAGCUAAAGAGUAAUUGGGACAAAUGUUGAGUGAGGAACCCGAAUUAUUAAAGGAAGUAAAUGCCCUAUUGGAAGAUGAUGUCAAAUUCAAGACUCAGAAAGAGAAACUGACUGAGUUUAUCAACAAUGAGACUAGCAAACCCAAAGCAUUGGAGACAAUUUUGAAAUAAAUAUAAAAUGGACAUCUAGAUGGACAUCAAAACAAAGACCAUAUCUUGGAAUUAUUUAGCAAUGAACCUCAAUUACAAUAACAGUUCUUGUAGAGUUUCAAAAAGAAGCAUGACCAAAUUCCCCCAAAAAAAAAAAUUGAAGAAAAUAGAAAUUAUUUUUAAAAACUACUGGAUAAAAAUGGAGUUGUCGAUAUGAAUGAAUUACUUUUUUGGGAUAAAUUUAGAAUGAGAGUUGUCUAACAAUUCCCCAAUGAACAUUAGCAAUUUAUGAACGAAUUCAUGAAGAUUAUACAUCUAUAUUCCGAAUGCAUCAUCACCUAGAUGGAAGUGAUGGAAUUAAUCAAUCAACAACAAUGGUUAGAAACAGAAUACAUAGACGAAAUUAGAUCCAUGUUGUCUACAAGGGUCAUUGCUCGAAGAAUACAAACUCCACUUUUUAAACCUCUAAAAGAUACUGAUUUUGCUUAGGUUGACAGGGUCACCAGAUCCUAUGUUCGAAUGCCUAUUGGCUAUGCAAAAGCUAACAACAAUUCAGAAAUCCUCAAUCAUUCUUGGGUGUCAGUGCCAUUUGGUUCUGAAGAUCAAUCAUUCUUAAUUAUGAGAAAAAACACUUUUGAAGAACAACUAUUUAAAAGUGAGGAUGAAAGAUUCGAAUUUGAUGUCAAUAUUUAAUAAAUAAAAAGAACCAUAAAUUUAUUAUAAGAGAUAAUCGAUGGUAAUAAAGAGGAUCCAAUAUUGAUUGCUAAAGUAAUUGACAUGAGAAUUUUGCAACAAUUAUAUAGAAAUUAAACUCAAGAUUAAAAUGAAGUCCUUUAGAUAUUUUAAACCAAACCUGCUGAAAGUGCUAAAAUCCUCAUUAAGAGAGUCAAAUAAAAAUUAAAUGAACUCAUUUCAGCAAGAAAUAACAAGGCUAAAUAAAUUUGGGAAAAUGUCUCCCUGAAUAACUUUCAUCGUUCCCUUGAUCAUAGAUCCUUUUAUUUCAAAAAGAAUGACAAAUUGGUCAUAAAUGGAUAAAGAUUUGCCAGGGAAAUCGAGGAGUAUGCCAAAAACAUCUUAAUUAAACAUCUUGGAACAAAGGAGCAUGUUUUUGUUAAAAGAAAGCAAGAUCAAAUAUAAUACACUUUCGAAAACUCCUUUCUGAAUUCCCUUGCGUAGAUGACUAAUAUAAGACCUAUUUUACCUAAAUAGAUGCCCUUAGUACCGGCUACUAGAGACAAUAUCAGAUUUUUCCCAUUGAUUUCGCUAUGGAUGGGAAAUGAAUAAAUUUUAUAGGAAUGUGGUCAAUUUGUUAUUCAUUAUCUCCAAAUUAUGGGAGGUAACAAUUCUCUGGAUAAAAGAAACGGAACAUUUUUUAUGAUAAAAUUGAUCAACCAUUUCUUUUAAGUUUCCAUGAAACCAAUGCAAAUAUCCCAAUUGACAUUAAUAGAUACUAAAUUGAAAAAUGAAAUUUAAGAAUUAGAAAUUUAUGACAUUCAUUACAAUCCAGAAGAUGCCUCCACCUCUAUUCCAGAAAUAGAAAAUGAAUCCCCAGGUGUAUUCCUGAACCUACAACCAAAAGUUAAGUCAACCACAUAUGUGACACAAAACCUGUAUAUCCUAUUGAGAUUUUUGCAUACGAUAUAUCAAAGACUAGAGAUGGCUUAUGUCAUAAGUCAGCAAAACAAGUUAGGACAAGAUAAGAGAUAUAACUUAUUCAAAUCUGCUCUAUUUCUUUCAUUAAAGGCCAAAGAUUUUAAAUAUGAGGAUCAUUUACGAAGUUUGUUCGGAAAGCAUGGGUUCAUAUUUUCAACUUUGGAGAAGGUGUUUCAUGAUGCUGCAAAACAGUUGGCUAUUUGCGCUUCUGAUGUUGUGACUAUGUCAUUUUUUGAGAAAUCAGUUUCAGUGGAGGGAGACCUGGAUAAAUACUUUUAAGUUGUUUCCAGCAUUGUAAAUGGGGAAGGAAUUAAGGUUUGUGAUUUAGAAGCUUAGGUUUUGUGUAAGUUCUCGUAACUUCAAGAGGAGGAACAAUUAUUGAAAUUGCAUUAGGCAUUUUCUCAUCAUAAACCAGAAAAGAGGCCUAUCUAUAGAAUUGCUUGUUGGCAUAGGGCUUGUUUUAUUUCAAUAUUACCAGCAUAUGGAGGAUGCAAUCAAGAGACAUGUAAAUCUUGUAAAUAACCUUUCUUAAUGAGGAAUAUGAAAAGAGGAGAAAGACGUAUGAUGAUUACAAACAGUGUUGAAUGGAGUGUCGAUGAGUGUAGCCAUUUCAAACCAAUCAUUAAUUAAGGAGAAGACUAUUUAAAAUGUGUAUGA